AUGGCGUUCUCCCUCUCUGCUCUCUGCUCUGCUGUUAUAAUACUGACUCUCAACAACUUCUGCACCUGUUCACAAAUUGCCCAUGAAGCUGUCACUGUUGUGGGCUGCUUUGAAAAUGGUAGCAUUCAGGUGCAGGAAGAAUUUGAUGGUGAAGAGAUUGUGUACAUAGAUUUUGACACAAAGGACCUUGUAUACACCGUGCCCACAUUUAUCACGGCGGACCCAAGAGAAAUAAUUGGUGACUUACUUGCACAUAAAGUGCUCAGGAUAGCAGAUAAAGCGUGUUCAGUAGCUCUUGCAUACUGCAUAGCAGAGGAGCAAAGUCCAACAGAAGAGAAAGACCCCCCUGAGACUAUCAUCUACCCUGCAGAGGACGUUCAGUUAGGAGCUGAAAACAGCCUCAUCUGCUUCGUGAAUAAUUUUUUCCCACCUUACAUCAAAGUCAGCUGGACUAAAAAUGAUCUUCCAGUGUCGGAGGGGGUGUCACUCAGUCGAUAUUACCCCAAUAAUGAUCAGACCUUCCACAUGUUCUCCACCUUGACCUUCACACCGAGCGAGGGGGACAUUUACAGUUGCACUGUGGAGCACUCGGCACUGGAGAGGCCGAAAACAAGAAUCUGGGAAAAUUAUCUUAGUCAUCAAAGUCAUGUCUCUCAUGGAGCAGAUGUUUUCUGUGGACUCGGCCUGACUCUUGGCUUAUUGGGGGUAGCAGCUGGUACAUUUCUGUUUGUCAAAGGACACCACGGAUACUAA